AUGAAAAUACGCGAGUUUUUCUUAACAUUUUUGGCCAUUCUGGCGGUCGUCGCGGGUGAACCACAUCGAUUCGAUAAUUAUCAAGUGUUCAGACUAACAGUUGAAGUGGAGAGUCAAUUGAAGGCUCUUAAAAGUGUUUCAACUGGCCCGAAUAGUUAUGAAUUCUUAGCUGAACCUACACGAAUUGGGCGAGACGUUGAAAUAUUGGUUCCACCAAGUCUCCAAUCGGAUUUUGACUCCCUCAUUGCGAAGAACAAAAUAAAUAAGAAGUUGUUGGUCAGCAAUUUCCAAGAUCUGGUGGACAAGGAAAGACCCAACAAAUUCGCAUCCAAAGCCGCUGAGGAUUUCGGCUGGGAAGAUUAUCACAGUGUUGAAACCAUUCACGAGUGGUUGUAUUCUCUGGAGGAGCAAUACGAAGAAGUCACUGUGAUCAAAGGCGGAACCACUUUCGAGGGACGCGAAAUCCUGGGUGUCAACAUCAAUAGAAAUCCUGGACAAAAUCCGGGAAUUUUCAUUGAAUCUAACAUUCAUUCCAAUGAAUGGAUUACUCACUCUUCAACGACUUGGAUCAUUAACAAAUUGCUCACAGCCACUGCUGAUGAGCCGGGAAUUAAAGGUUUGGCCGACAAUAUAAACUGGUACAUAUUUCCACUGGUGAAUGCUGAUGGUUACGAAUACACGAGAAAUGUUUAUCGCAUGUGGAGGAAAACCAGAUCACCACAAGGAUUAAUCUGCAAUGGCGUGGAUCCGAACAGGAACUGGGAUGUGUAUUGGGAGAAGGGUGGAAUUGGUUCUUCUGAUAAUAUGUGUGAUGGAAGCUUUGCAGGACCAUCAGCCUUUUCCGAGAUUGAAGCGAGAACACUCUCAGAGUAUAUCUUGAGUAUUCGAGACAAUCUAAAUUUCUACAUUGGCUUUCAUUCAGCGGCAAAUAUGCUACUGCUCCCUUGGGGACACACGAUUGAUCCACCGCCACAACAUUCUCAGUUUAUGGAAAUCGCUGAAGCUACUGUGGAUGCGCUAUAUGCUCGCCAUGGAACCGUUUACACAUUUGGAUCAAUUUACACCACAAUCUAUCCAGCAACCGGAAGCUCUGCUGAUUGGGUGUAUUACACAUUAGACAUCCCAGCUUUUACCUACGAAUUUCGGUACAUGGAUACAGAAACUGGAGAAUAUUAUGGUGCUCUUGCACCUCCUGAGCAGAUUCAACCAAAUGCAGAAGAAGUUUUAGAUUCACUGGUUGUACUCGUUGACAAAGCCACUGAAUUAGGAUAUAUGAAUAAUAAUAUAGGCAAUUCCAAAAAAUAAGUAAAUGCACUUAAAAUAUUUUUGCUACGUUUUAUGCACAUUGUUAUAGAAUUCAGCUAAUCCCUAUUUGCCUUAAUUAAAAUCAUUUUGAAAAAUACGUGUUUUCGAGCUAAUCUUCUCUAUCAGUUCACGAAGGCUAUAUUUAAACUUGUUCAAUUGAACAGAAAACAGAAAAUAACUUGAUCAUGUAAGAUAACAAGCGUAAUUCAUCAUGGUAUUCUGAAAAAU